AUGGUAUCAAUGACUCAACAUAUGAAAGUCCUCAUCUACCUGUUCUUCUUCAUACAGUUAUUUCUUUGUAAUUCAAUAGUUGCUUUACAGGGAGUAAACGAUAAAAAUGUGAGUGAUAUAAAGAAUAGAUUAAUUAAAAAUGUCAAUGCCCAUCAUCUGGGUAAGUUUACCACUGUAGUGGAUUUGUUAUCUCAAAAUGUUUCGUUUUCAAUAUUUGUUAGGAUAUUACAAAAAAAGAAACUUAUACCAUAUCUCAAUGAAUUACACAAUUUUACCCUUUUUGCUCCAAUAAAUUCUGCGUUCGUUGGUGAUUGGAUAUCAACAAAAGAAGAUGAUAUAAUUAAAAACUUGGAUCUGUUAUCUGAUUUCGAUAUUCAGAAUUAUUUGGUUCAUAAGUCUGUUAUUACCACAGACCAAUUGAUAAACUCCACAAUCAUAAUAAAUAAUCAUGUCAAAUUCCCCUUCGUAUUAAGCAACACAGGCUUCCAAGCAAAUACUUUUGUUAUUAACAAUAAUAUACGGAUAGUGGAACCUGACCUAAUUCCAAACAUGCAAAAUGCAGUCCUUCAUGGUAUCUCAAAAUAUAUAUCUGAUGCCCCAGACCUGUCCCAUCUAAUUGAUAAAGUCGAGAAUCGUACAAAUGAUCUAUCGUACCACCAUUUUAAUCAAAAUUUACAAAUCUUACUUUCUAAAUACGAUUCGGACUCCUUAUUAUAUAAUAAAACUAUAUUGAUUCCUUCAGAUUUUAGUUUUGAAUCACAUUUUAACUCUAUAGAAUUAAAUUAUUUGUUGAAUAGAUACAAUAAAUUGGAUGGUUUGGAUCCCUUGAUACAAAAUAAUUGGUAUAAAGACAUUGAGUUUCUGUUCAAUAAUCUUAUUAUUGAUCAAAUAAUAGGUGGGUCUGUUGAUCUUGUCACGCAUAACAAAAACAAUAAACUGCUACAUAUAGAAAACCAAGAGAAAGGUCAUCAAUUAAUCCUAAAUCAUAAAGAUAAAUCCAUUACUCAAUUAUCUAACCAGAGGUUCAACUCUGGAAUAGCCCAUUUUUUCGAUGAUAUUGAUUUUUUAAACUCAUCGAUAACUUUUAAUGCAGAGAAAUAUUUACAUGGUUUAAAUUGCUCUGGAUUCGUCAGAGAGAUUUAUUUUAGAGGGUUAGAGAAGUUCAUUCUCAAUAAAAAUAACAAUAUGCCAAUUACGAUCUUCUUACCACAAGCAUCCUUGAAUGAUGAGAUUGAAUUUACAAAGUCUACACUGUUAUACCAUUUCACUGAGACAGAAAUAUUAUUAGAAAGAGAUUUCCCAACUUUAAGCAAAAAGGAGGUUUAUAACAGAUUCUAUAAUUCAUCAUUUUGUUCUGCAAAUAAAAAACUUGGUGGGAACUGUCAAAAAUUGAAAAUUACUAAAUCUGAUGAAGGUUACACAAUAAAUGAUAAAUUCCAUAUAUUAUAUUCUAAACCAUAUAAGAUUGGCAAUACAUCAAUAUACAUCAUAGACAAUGAUCUAUCAUUACCAAAUGACUUAAUUUUUUCUUUACCUCCAAGUCUAGAUACAUGUUCCAAAUCUAUCUCAUUCCUAAGAAAAUUGAAUUAUUUAGAAUUGAAACCAAAUCAUGAGGGUUAUACAGUGUUUCUACCAUGUUUCAAUUCUUGGGAUUCUAUGGGUCUUAAUUAUAAAUAUAUUGACGCCAAUAUUACCGCCACACGAUUAAUUUUACAAAAUUUUAUCAUUAAUGGUUUAUAUUACACUGAAUCACAAGAUUUAACAAUCAUGAAUACUACAACCCUUAUGCAUGUACCGGUAUCUGUAACUUUUAAUAAUAGUAAUAGUAGCAAUAAUCCGUCUGAGAUUGAAGUAAAUAUCAGCUCUUUACGAGAUAAUUUAAUUAUUUAUAAGGAUUCAGAUAUAAUUUUCAACCAAGGAGUUAUUCAUCCAACAUAUAAUGUAGAAUAUCCAAAAGAUUUAAAAAUAUCAUUAAUAGAUUUAUUGAAAACUUCUGGGAACCACAAAUUUUUAAAUCUAUUGGAAAAAUUACCAAAUUUUGAAAAUAUUUUCCAAAAUUCAAAGACAUCCUUUUCUAUCUUAGUUCCAAGUCUAUCAUCGUUUGAUCAUUCAAAUAUUAAUGCAAAUUAUUCUAAAUUGGAGGAAUUUUUUAAAUUGCAUAUUAUUCCAGGUAAUGAAACGGUAAACAUUUUGAAUUGUAAUAAUCAAUUCAAUACUUUACUUAAUGAGAAAUUGGAAUGCAAAAGAUAUUCGCAGAUUGACCAAUAUAUUAAGAUUAGCAAUGGUACAAGUAACGAAGUUAGAAUAUUGAAUAAAGGUUGUUCUACAGAAAACUCACAACAGGCAUGCGUCUUUUUAAUUGAUAGACCAUUAUCUCUAGAUUGGAUCAAUAAAGAGAAAUAUAAUUUGAAUUUACCUAUUGUGGCUGUUGCAUUUGGGGUGGUGUUCGGUGUUAUCAUGUUCUUAAUCUUUGUUUGUUGUUUACUGGUGGCCAGAGUAUCUAGAAUAACACCGAUAAAUUCUAUUACAGAUAUUACUGAAGCAAGGAACGAAAAUAGCAAUAGUAAUAAUAAUAACGAUCACAGGAAUACUGACAAUAACUCCAAUUUGUAUGAUUUAGAACAUCCAUUAUUGACCAAAUAUGAAAGAGAGAGAUCUGGAAAAUAUCGUUCUAUCGGUUCAACUUCUAAGUUAUUAAACGUUAUUGAUAAUUCAAGCAUGAACAAAACUAACAGUAGUAGUCAAGUUAACUUCAAUGAAACUGCAUAUUCAACAAACUCUAUAUCUAACCCAAUCCAUGUACCUAAAAAAUAG